AUGGUACAAAGCUUGUUUAAAGCUAAAGCAAUAUGUUCCUUGAAGCAGUUCCAGUGUACCAACGGCAAGUGCAUACCCAGCAUGUGGGUUUGCGAUUUGGAAAAAGACUGCGAAGACAACUCCGAUGAAGAAAUUGAAGAAUGCAAAAAAGAUAUGUCCAAGGGAAAAUAUCACGAUAACCAGGAGGACUUAGGAGCUGAAAUGUCGUGGCAAAACGUCAAAGGGUGA